CCCUUGGCUGGCGCCCCCGUGGAGCCAUUCCCCGUCCACUCCCACAUUCCCACGGGCCACUGGGGAGAAAAAGGUUAUGCCUUCCUCUGCCUCCAUGACGGCGAUGGUGGCGGCGCUCCUGCUACUGGCGGCGGCGGCGGCGCAGGCGCGGGAGGAUCCGGCGUGCUACCCGCGAGUGUUCAGCUUCGGGGACUCGCUGGCGGACACGGGAAACUUGCUCUACCUCUACGGCAAUGACUCCUACGAGGCCGCGACCAGGCUGCCCUACGGCGAGACCUAUUUCCACAAAGCCACCGGUCGAUCCUCCAACGGCCGCCUCAUCAUCGACUUCAUCGCGGAGGCGCUGGGGUUGCCGUUCGUGCCGCCGUACAUGAGUGGGCGGAGCGCGGAGGACUUCACCGGCGGUGCUAACUUCGCUGUGGGCGGCGCCACGGCGCUGAGCCCGGACUUCUUCUGGGAGAAUGGAGUGCCCGCGUUUCGGGCUGACACGGUGCACCUUGACAUGGAAAUGGCGUGGUUCCGCGACCUCCUCGGCCUGCUCUGCCCCGGCGGCGUCGCCGAUUGCAUGGACAUGAUGAGCAAAUCUCUCUUCCUGGUUGGUGAAAUUGGGGGCAAUGAUUACAACCUACCUCUUUUCUAUGGGGUGCCCUUUGAGAAGAUUCACACCUUCACACCAAGUAUCAUUGCCAAAAUCUCUUCUACUAUCGCCGAACUGGUUGAGCUAGGUGCCAAAACGUUGCUAGUUCCUGGCAACCUUCCAAUUGGGUGCAUCCCAGCCUACCUCACGGCAUACAUGAGUGACAAGAUGGAAGAUUAUGAACCAGAGACGGGUUGCAUCCGUUGGAUGAAUGAGUUCUCACAGUACCACAACAAACUUCUUGUGGAUGAGUUGGAAAAUCUGCGAAAGCUUCAUCCUGGAGUGGUGAUUAUCUAUGCUGAUUACUAUGGAGCUGCCAUGGAGAUCUUCUCUUCUCCCGAACAAUUUGGCAUAGAGGAUCCUUUGAUGGCUUGUUGCGGUGGAGGAGGGCCAUAUGGUGUGUCCGCAACUGCAGGAUGUGGGCAUGGAGACUACAAGGUAUGCGAUGACCCACAAAAAUAUGCAUCAUGGGAUGGCUUCCAUCCCACAGAAGCUACAUACAAAGGCAUUGCCAAUGGCCUUUUAAGAGGUUCAUAUACUCAGCCUCCAAUUUCCACCACCAGUUCAUGUCCACAAACUACUGAGCUUGCUUCUUCCCUUGAAUACAAGGUCCUUUAUGACAUGUAAUUCUAUAACUACGUAUGGUUUAAAUAUGAUGAGUUUUUUGCGGGUGAAAUAUGACGAUUCUAUAUUAUGAAAAUUUGGCUAAUGGUAAGAUGUAGCCAUGCCAAAAGGUUCUAGUC